AGCUUUAGCUCUGAUAGUGGUCUGAGUCCGACAAUCAACAGGUUAGUGUUUGAGUUAAUACAUUGUAGUUAGUAUUAAUUCAAAUGCUUUUGCGAGUUAUGGUGGCAUACUCUUACGUACGUCAUUCGUAUUCAAUUCAAAGUUAUCAUUUCUUAGUAACCUAUUACCCAUCUCAGUUUUGAUUUUUAGCUUUUGCUAAUUAGCAUUGAGUUAGCAGGGUUAAGUUUGUUUCACAGAGAUUAGCGUUAGCUAGCGACUCCUGCACACUUGUUGGGAGGCACAGGAUCUUUGAGAUGAACCAACUUUUGCUAAUAAGCUUUGCUGUUUGAGCGCUGUAGAGACAAUCUCUGCUGCACUCUGCUCUGCAACAAAUCCAGUUUAAAUGUGGCGGUUUGCAUCAUUUGUGAAAUGACGACGUGGGAGGCGCAGCACGGAGCCAACUGAAGGGAUGGGAGAGGAGCCUGCGGUGAUCCUCCAGCACCAGAUGAGUGGCAGGUAGUGACGGUGCAAAAGCAAUGUUGUGCUACUGUGUACAAUGAAGAAGAUAUUCAGCUUUACUAAGAAAAAGAAACACCCAUCUGGUACCCCUGACAAUGGGAGUGUGCUUUCUGUUGGCUAUGAACUGAAAGACAAGGACCUCGGGAAGGUUCAUAAGGCUGCUUCAGUGGGUGAUUUGGCAAAGUUGAAGCAGCUUGCUAAAAAGAAUGAUAUCAACCAACUUGAUAAGGAAAACAGAACUGCACUUCAUAUUGCCGGUGCCAGUGGACAUGUUGAGGUGGUGCAAUUCCUUGUGGAGAGCAAAGCCAAGCUUAACCUAUGCGACAAUCAAAAUAGAUCCGCCUUAAUGAAGGCAGUGCAGGGCCAGCAUGAGCGAUGUAUGAACAUACUGCUGGAGAAUCAUGCUGACCCUAACCUGGUGGACAUCAAUGGCAAUACAGCCCUACAUUUAGCAGCAAACAUCCCGUCCAUCUCCACUGCUAUCCUGCUGCUGGGGCAUGAGGCUAACAUCAAUGCCCAAAACAAGGAGGGAUUCACACCCUUAACUGUGGCAGUCCGUGAGGACCAUAUAGAGAUGGCUGAGUUUCUCCUCAAGGAGACUGCUGAUGUGAAUUUGAUGGGCCAAGACCAAAGGUCCCCAUUAAUGAUAGCUGCUGGCAAUGGACAAAUCAGUAUGUUGCGGCUACUCUUGAAGUUUAACGCAGAUAUCACACUAAAGGAUACAAAAGGAUGGUCAGCUGAUGACUACGCAGUAAUGAAUGGGCAUCAUCCUUGCUCCCUCCUGAUCAUUGAGCACGGCACCCAGAGGAACGAUGGGCCGUCCAUGUCACAUCUAGGUCCGGGCAAAAACAAGAAAAAAAUGCUGUUGGGCAGUCCUUUCCAAGACGUUGAAGCGGGCUUCUCUUUGGGAGGACCAGCCACUGACAAAGAUGAACAUGGAGCAAAUGAAGCAGGGGGAGAUUUUGAAGACAAUUCUCAGUCAGAGUCACUAAGUCGGGUUUCAAAAAGUGCUGCAGAUGAAUGGCCUUCAUCUGAAGAUGAUGAUGAAUCUGUUUUAAUUGAAAAGAAACCACAGAAAGUAAACCUAAGGAAAAUGAUUGCAUCAAAAAAGGGAGAAGCUUCUGCACUGCCUGACAGAUCCUUGAGUGGCUCAGAAUCUGAGCCAAUUGGUGAAAAUAGAGUUCAGAGAAUCCCAUCCCUCCCAAAGGCUCUACCAUCCAGCAACGCUCCGCAGCACCCAGUACAUCCUUCUCCCGUUUCCUUCCUUUCCAAAGCACCCCAGAUGACUUCCACCCCUCUUCCAAGCUACAGAAAGAAAGAAGAUUCCACGGAGGAUGAGGAUGAUGAGGAGGAGGAGGAGGAAGAUUAUGAUGAUGAUGACCAUGGUGACAAAGAGGAGGUAAGAGAUGAUGAGGAGGAAGAAGAGGAAGAAGGAGAGGUCUCAGAUGAAAAUGAUCAGCCUGAAGAGAGUGGAGAGUCCCUUGAUGCCAUUUCACCUGUUCCUGAGACAGAAGUCUGCAAAGAUAAAAAAAGAGAUUUCUUGUCAGAGCUGGGUCUAGAGAAGGGAGAGGAAGAGCAAGAUUCUUGGGACUCUGAGUCCCAUUCUGAAAACCCCAAUAUGCCACAUGAAGAGAAACAGAGCCUGCAAACUCAGGAUCAAGAGGAGAUGUCCCCUAUUGAAGAAGAGAUUAAAGAAAACUUGUUUUAUAUUCCCUCUUUUGUAAGAGGGGAAGGAGGCAAUAGGAUGGCAGUUCUAGUGCCUCGGAGGAGUGUAGGCAGGCCGAGAGGCAGCCAGGGACAGGUUGGAAACGAUGAUGAUGAAAGGGAACAUGCUGCUAAAGAUGAUACUACACAGAAAGAGAGUGAGAAGGCAAAAUGGGAACCACUUAGUGUUUUGAGCAAACUUGAAGGAGAUAAUGAACGAAAGACAGAUGUAAUGGAAGAUCUUGGUCUGGGAGACGUUGAUGAUCUCGAAGAUCCAUCAGACUGGGACUCGGCCAGUACAACCAGUAAGAAAACCCUACCUGGCCGCAGAAUGGCCUCCCCUGGACUUGAGGAGUUCCCAGAAUGCACCGAUCCAUCUGUUAAAGAGCAGGAUGAAGAUGUUACUCCAGCAGCACCCCUGACACCUCACAGGAGCAUCAGCUCCAACAUGAAACUGUUCAGCACACCCCCUCAACUCAUACCCCAUCCUCAACCUCGAGCAAGGAAGAUGGUGCUUCAGAAACCAGAGAGUGACGAAGAAUCAGAUUGGGAACCAAACAAUUUAACAUCUUCCAAUGCAGCCAAAAUUGACAAUCAGCUUCAAGACAUAGCUGAGCCUCAGUCAGUGGUUAAACCAGGUUUUCCCGAACUUUCAUCAAUGGCAAGAGACAGUGAAAGUAACAAAGACUGUGACGAGCCUCAGCAUAAGGAGAAAGAUGAUGCAGGAGAUACAUGUGAGUUAGAUAUAAAUAACCCAUGCCCAUCUGACCGUGUGGGCUCUGACAGAGGAGAAAAGGAUAAUGACUUUAGAGAUCAACACAGUCCUGAAGAAGGAGGUGAACUGCGUGAUGAUGUCCCAUGGGAGAAACGUUACGAGAAGCUCUGGGUAGAGGUGGAGAAACGGGAGGUAAAAUCCACCUUCAAGAAUGUUGCUGGUGAAUUAAAAGAGAAGUUUGGAGAACUGUUUAAAUCAAGAUGCCCUGCAGAAGAUGUUGCAGAAGAACAAGCCACAGCUGAAUCUACUUCUGCUGAAGAGUCAAGUGAUGAAGAAGAAGAAGGGGAAAUCAUUGUGCGCCCAACAGCAAGAGCAAAGAGCACUGUCCUUCUCACCAUACCUGAGCAGAGGGAGUCUGGACUGGAAGACUCUGUGACAGACUCAGCUGACAACUCUCUGUGUGAAGACAAGAUGCAGGUCUGUCAGCCUCCGUCUGUCAGUGACAGCAACAUGCUUCAGGAGCCAGAUCUGCUCACUGAUGAUGACGAGUCCAGGUCUCCUUCACCACAACUCGCCACAGCACAGAAAGAGAACCACAUCGACCAUGCUACCACUUCUUUUACUGAUGAUCGCACCGUACCCAUUUCUGAUGUUGACUGUAGCUCAUUCUUAAAAGAUGAGAGGAAACUUGGGCCGUUCCACAAGCAAAGGAUGGACUUAAUCUUGAAGGACAAAACUGCUGAUCUAGGUGAAGCUGAGAAGAACAAUGUGAGUUCAGAAGAGGAUCCUGAGGAGAUCACCAAGUCUUGCCGCCCCUUGCUGAGCAGACGUUCAGCAUCUGUCCCAGGUGUCUCUGAUGAGGAGCUGGAAGAGGACAUGGAAAGGUUUAAAUUUGAGGUAGGGAUGCUGAAGGUUGUCUUCCUGGAUUUGGAGAAAGAAAAGGCCCAACUCCAGAAAGAGGUUGGCAAAGAGAAGACAAAGACUGCAAUGGAGGUGCAAAAAUCCCAUGCAUCCUGGAAUACUGGUGGAACGACAUUGGAAGAAGUGGGUACUGAGAAACCUGAGACCAGGUUAGGAAGCCUGUCAAGUCAAACUGAAGCAGUUCACCAGGAACAGCAGCCUGCAGCCACCAAGAGGUUUAUUACUCUUUAUAGCACCAACAGGGCACCAGCGCAAUCACAUCUCCCACUCCAGCUGACCUACAAUAGCAACAAACAGGAGGGACAAGCUGUAGAGGAGACCUUAAAGCUGGAGCUGGUCAGAGGGGCCCGGCACAGCAGAGCCCCUCAGACCAACACCCAUGUUAACGGAGAUCCUCUCUCUGUGUUUGACGAUAGCACUUUAAGUGAAGUGUCGGACGAUGAAGGAAGGUUGCCAACCAGUGGACAACAGAAAAAUGAGAAUCCCGAUGACAUGGAGAUGGCAGAAGACUUUGAUGAACUUACUCAGUCAUCAGACACAGCCACAGAUGACAUCGACUCUCCUGCUUCAGGCUAUCGUCAUGCAUCCCUCCUCAUUCAGAACCUGGACUCAGCAACUUUAGACUCGAGAAGCAUGGUGAAGCUGCAGAACAUUUUCCACGAAUAUGAGCGCUCCAUCCAAAAGGCAAGGAGUCGCCACGGGUACCUGGCAGACAAGGUGAGCCAGCUGGAAAUGGAGAGAACGGAGUUAAAGAGCUCUCUAGAGGAAGUUAAAGAUGUUAAAUCUGCCUUGGAGCGCGACCAGCUGGAAUUACAGACUGAAGUCACAAACCUCAAAUUUCAGCUGAAACAGGAGCAGGAAAAUCGCCGCAAUGCCACCAUGAUGUACAACACUACCAGAGAUAAGCUGAGGAGGACGGAGGAGCAGCAUCAGUUAGAGGUUCAGGAGAGACAGAAGGUGGAGCUCACCCUCAGGAACCUGGAGCUGGAGAUGAGAGCACUGGUCAACAACAUGAAACAGCUUGAAGAGGACCACAGUGAGACCCAGAGACUGCUGGCUCAGGAGCGCAGUGCAAGGACACUGCAGGAGAAUCUGCUCAACAGCCAUCUCCGUAAGCAGCAGGAGAUAGAGGAGGAGAACAAAAGAAAUAUUAGCAAAAGCAAUGAGGCCUUGUCUCAGCUCACUGAGGCCAGUGACAGGGAGAGGGAGUUGCUACAGCAGACUGCCACCCUACAGGAGCAGCUGACCAUCCUUAGAACAGAACUCGAGCGUUCGCAGGCCAGCAGCAGUCUCAAAGAGAGCCACAUUUUAGAGGAGAACGAGGCCCUCAAAGAACAGCUAGAAGAUGCUCAUCGAGAUCUCAAACUCAACAAUGAAGCCCUGACCCAAACCGUCUUCAGCUGCAAUAACCAGGUGACCACCCUGAAGUCGGAGUUAGCUAUGGUAACAACCCGCCUGGAAAAUGAGCGACAGACUCGUGAAACACUGGAGGUAGAGGUGGAGUCCUCUCGUACCCGCCUGGCUGGUGCAGUUAAGGAGGCUGAGCGUUGCCUGGCCGCUCACACAGACACAGAAAAAGCUUUGCUCCGAGAGAAAGAGGAACACCAGCGUCUUAAAGACAGACUCACAGGUGAAGCAGCCAGUCAGCGUGAGACAGUCAGCAGCCUGUCCCAGAAGCUUUCAAAGGCAGAGGCUCGUGCAAACAGUAUGGAGAAUGAAGUUCAUCGGGUCACACUACAGCUGACAGAGAAGGGCCUACUCCUGGAUGUCCUACAGCGGGAGAAGGACCAGGCAGCUGCACACGUCAAGGAGGUAGAAUUGGCUUUGCAGGCCGAGAGGGAGCUGGUCAGUCGUUCUGGAGCUCGCCAAGAGGCCACACAGGAGCGGCUAGCCCAAGCCCAAAGUGAGGGUAUGUUAUUACGGCAACAGCUAGAGGAGGCCCAAAACAAAGGCGUUGCAAAGGAGCGUGCUGUGACUGAUGCCCAAGAGCGCUUCAGUGACAUUCUGUCCAAGCUGCGCUCCGACUGCGAAGAGAGAGUACAACUAGUGGAGGAGAGAAAUAAGGAGGUCGCCAGUAAGGCUGCUGAUCUCCGAGAUCAGAUCUACAAGUUAGAGGAGGAGAAGAACGAAAGAGAGACUAGUCUUAGGCAGCUGCAGCAGGAGCUAGCUGACUCACUCAAGAAACUGUCAAUGAGUGAAGCUUCCCUGGAGGUCAACACACGCUAUCGCAAUGACCUGGAGGAGGAGAAGGCCCGGCUCCUCAAAGACAUGGACAGGCUUAAAGGAAAGCUGGAGGAGAGUGAAGACCAAUAUGUGCAGGCUGAGAGACGUAUCAACACUCUGAAGAGCAGUCUUGAUGAAAGGGAAAAGGAACUCACCAUGGCUGCUCAGAAACUCCAGGAGGCGCUGUCUGCCUCAGCAGCCUCUGAUACCACCAUCAGACAGCUGGAGGAAGCUGUGCAGAGGCUCGAGAUAGAGAAUGCCAGGCUGGAAGCGGCUGCAAAGCAACAGUCCAACAAAAUUGAUGCACUUCAGAAAGGGGCUCACGAAGCUGCCAUGCUAUCUGACUGCUCACCUGGAGGAGGGGUCAGAGGUCAUUUGGAGGACUUGGUUGCAAACCUCCAAAGCAGUAAGAUGACUUUGGAAGACCAACUCAGUAGAGAGGUCCAGAAGCAAAGCAUGCUGUCUCACACAGCCCAGGACUCUCAGGCCUUGUGGGAGGAGGAGCUGAAGAGUCGCUCUAAGUUAGGACUGCGCCUGGCAGAGCUUGAAAAGGAAAAAGGAGAACUGAGCACCCAGAUGACAAUCGAGAAGAAGAAAGCCAAGAAAAUAGCAGAGCAGAAGAAGGCUGUAGACACUCGUCUGGAUCAAGAGAUGAAGAGAAACACAGAGCUUCAAAAAGAAAUGUACAGGCUGCGUACUCUAUUGAAGACUGCAAAGAAGAAACUGCGGGAUCAGGAUACUAGUGGAGCUGAGGUUGUUUCUCCUAUGAGCAGUCUAAGGAUGGACCAGGCCAGACACAGUCAGGCAGAGGGUGGCUUUGGUCGAAUGAAAGAAAAGGUGGAUGAUCUGCAGGUGCAGCUGGAUAAGGAAGCGUCUCGUCGCAACCAACUAGAGAGGGUGAACGGGGAGCUUAAGGAUCAGCUGGCCUCUCUGAAGAGCUUCAGCCGCAGUACGGACCAGCUGGAGAGGAGUAAGAGGCAGCUGGAGGAGGAGGUCUUGGACCUGAGACGCCGAAUGGAGGCAGCACAGAUGGAGCAGAACCAGGUGGAGCAGUACCGCCGUGAUGCAGAGGAGAAGGCCCGUCAAGAGAUACAACAGAAAUUGGAGCAGGUCAACCUCUUCCUGCAGUCCCAGGCAGCAUCCCAAGAAGCAUUGGAUCAGAUUAAAGCGGCCAACGAGGCUAACCUGCGCUCUCAGCUGGAGCAGAAGAUCCAGGAGCUGGAGGGGGAACUGGGCCGCACCCGCAACGCCCAGCAGGACAGCCUUAACCAAAGAGAGUCCACACGCACUGAGCUGGAGCGAUACCGCCAACUCUACUCUGAGGAGCUGCGCCUCCGCAAGUCCCUGGCUGCCAAACUAGAGAGGGCCAACAGUCGACUCGCAGAAGCAAAUUCCAAGUUGCUCAACGAGCGCAGCAGGUCUCUUAUCACCAGCAGCAUUGCAAAUGGAAGCCUUGGAGGGCCCUCACUGGAUGUGGGCGCUUUGGCUUCACCGGCAAACUAUGGGGCCUCACUGGGGCCCCUCAACAGAAGCCUUGGUCUGGGAAUCUCCCUUCUCAGCCCUGCGACUGAGGGACAGAACAGCAGGGUGGAGGACUAUCUGGCCAAGAUGCAGAGUGAGUUGGAUAGAAACAUAUCAAAGGAAUUAAUCAAUGCCACAGCAGAGCUGGACGUCGCCUCGGCCCGUAUGUCCCCGGUAGGCUCUGCCUCGAGGGUGGAGCUGGAUCCCGUCAGCAGGGCGACGCAGCAGUACUUGGAGGUACUGAAGAAGAACAAUAUGAUCUGACCACAUAUCACAGCUGCUUUUGCUCAAACUCAAACAUUUCAUUUCAGCCAUUUAAGCACCAACUUUAAGGCCAAAGCCACAGCCCAGUCGCAUAACUACAAGAAUCCAACUUUGUACGUAUUUACUCCUCUAUUAUAAAAGAAAGCAAACAUAAUGCACAUUGCACUUAACCACUCAGGAACAGGGCAAGAGUCAUAUAUAUAUGUUGCAUUAUUGAUGGGUACAAUUAGAGAGAACCUUGAAAGUAUUUGUUCCUUCUGACUUAUUCUGUUCAAUCUGUAGCUGUUUUGUUUCUAUUAGCACAAUAUAUAUAUACAGAAUCGUGGUUUGGAUUUUUUUGUGAAUAUUGGUGUUGCUAAAUUUGAAUUUAUAAGUAUUUGACGUAUGCAUCAUUAAUCAUUUUUGCCAAGAUAUUACAUUUGGUACGUGCCAUCAGAUGGUGCAAUGUCUGUCUUGGUCUCACUUUAUUAGACUCGUUGGCAUAUUGUGUUAAUGUUUAUUUUAUUUAUUCAUUUUUUUUAAUGAACUUGAUAUACUUGAAUAAGACGUGCUAGAAUAAUCUCUGGCUAUUGAAACAGGGUGACUGACUGCAUUUGUACAACUGUCAUUUUAGCUUUUGCUUGGCUUGUUUUUAAGGCCACCAAAAGUGAAAUACACUCAUUUUCAUUCAUAAAUACUGUAACAAAACACAUAAGAAAACCUUUAUGAUGCAUGUACAUUACAGAAGACUCUAAAGUUGUAAAAUAAAACUGUAGAAAACCCUGAA